AGUUUUCAGAAGAAGCCAAACAUUAUAAAGAUAAAGUGAGCAUUUUAACUGAGAAAAAUACACAGAUUAUGGAGAAAGACAAACAAAUUCAAGAGAAAGAAAAACUUCUGACAAUAAACACAUAGACACUUCAGAUGAAGGACAAGAUGCUGGAAGAGAAAGAAACACUUCUCACAGAGACAAAACAAAAACUGGAACAAAUUACCAAAGAGACUCAGAUACAGCUUAAAAAUAAAGACGCACAACUGGAGAAUCAGAUCAAACUGCUGGGAGAGAAAGAGACUCUACUGGAGAUCACAGUGAAAGAGGUGGAAAGCAGUAAAAAGCAGCUGGAGACUCUGAGAAAGGAGCUGCAGGACAAGAGCAGCAAACUACAGGAGAUGAUGAUCCUACUGGAACAACAGAAAACUGAACUCACCCGUCAGCAGAAAGAGUUAGAAGAGAAAGAACAACAACUGAAACACACAGCACAACAGAAUUCUGACCUACAGACUGAAACUGAAACACUAACAACUCUCAUUUCAUCACAGACGACUGAUUUAACUGAAAAGACCACACAGCUUGAAAAAACAAAAAACAUUCUAUCUGAGAGAGACAGACAGCUAAGGGAGAGAGAUAAACAAGUGGAGGAGAAAGACAGACUUCUGACAGAAAAUACAACAACAGUUCAGAUGAAGGAGAAGAUUUUAGAAGAGAAAGACAAACUUCUCACAGAGACACAAGAUGAACUGAGACAAACAACAAAGACAUUAGAGAAUCAUAGAAUACAGAUGGAAGAAAUGGAGAAAAGACUUGUGGAGAAAGAUGAAGAAUUAAAAGAGAAAAAACAAGAACUGAAAGAUAAAAACACGAUUAUAAAAGAACAUUUAGAGACUGUUGAUAAGAGAGAUUCAUUAUUAAAGGAAACUAAUGAAAGAUUAGAAAGUGUUAAUAAACAGCUUAAAGAUAAAGACUCACAACUGGAGAAUCAGAUCAAACUGCUGAGAGAGAAAGAGACUCUACUGGAGAUCACAGUGAAAGAGGUGGAAAGCAGUAAAAAGCAGCUGGAGACUCUGAGAAAGGAACUGCAGGAGAAAGACAGACUUCUAGAGGAGAGAAACAAGCAGCUGCAGGAGAGAACAGAUCCAGACUCAGCAGCUCCAGCCAGGAGGAGAAACAGCAAAGAGAUUAAACCUCCAGAAUUCAGUGAAGAGACUCCAGACUCAGCAGCACAACUCAGGAGAAGAAACAGUAUUGAAGGACUUCCUCCAAAAUUGAGUGGAGAAUCCUCUAGUUCAGCCUCUCCAGGGUCAGUUCCUGUAUCAGAGCUCAGGCUGGUGCUGCUGGGGAGGACUGGAUGUGGGAAGAGAGCAGCAGGAAACACCAUCCUGGGCAGAGAGGAGAGGAGCCAGGCUGGAGCGUCUACAGUGAGGCAGCAGAGUGAGAGCAGACAGGGGGAGGUGGCUGGGAGGCAGGUGACUGUGGUGGACACUCCUGACUGGUUCUGUCCUGGACUUUCUCUGGAGGAGCUGAGACAGGACGUUGGACUCUGUGUCCGUCUGUCUGCCCCAGGACCCCAUGCCUUCCUCCUAGUCAUACCAGUGAAGCAGUCUACAGGAGAGGAGAGAGGCAUGCUGGAGAAAAUGGAGGAGAUUUUUGGAGAGAGAUGUUGGAGGAACACCAUGAUCCUUUUCAUUGUUACUGAUGAAGUCCAAGAGAAGAACAUUGAAGAGUUUAUCCAGUCAGGGAACCAGGAGGUCCAGAGACUUGUAGAGAAAUGUGGGAACAGGUUUCACUGUCUCAGCAUUAAGGAGAGUGGAGAUGGUUCUCAAAUCUCAGAGCUGCUGGAGAAGAUAGAGAAGAUGGUGGAAGAAAACAGAGAGGAAUUCUACAGCAGUGAGAUCUACCUGGAGACAGAAUCUCAGAUCAGAGCAAUGAAGACAAAGAUCAUGAAAGAAAGAGAAGAAAGAAGGAUGAUAGAAGAGAGAGAAAUGAAAGAAAAAUUAGAAAAGGAGGUGCGGAACUCUUUGAGAAAGAUAGAGGGAGCGGUACAAGAGCAUGAAGGAGAGAUAAAACAACUGAAUGACCGAACAACUGAGCUAGAGAGAAGGAUGAAAGAAGAGAGGGAUGAAGAGAAAAAGAAAGAAUUGGAACGAGAGCUGGAAAGAGAGUUCGAGAGAAGGACAGAAAUGGAAGAAAAGGUGAAGAGACUAAAAGAAAAGAGAGAGAAGGAGAGGAGAGAGAUGGAGGAGAGACACAGACAGGAGAUGGAGGAGAUCAGGGAGUCGUAUGAAGGAGAAGCCAGAAUGGAGGCAGAGAGGAACCUCAUGAAGAUCAUCCUGCCUGAACUCCAGAGAAACAUUUUGAUAUCAAAGUUAAAGAUGCAGGAAGAGCUCAGCAGACAGAUGGAGGAGAAGGACAGAGAGCUGGAGACACUGAGACUCAGAGUGAGAGAACUUAGGAGGAGGUCCAUAAAUAUAUAGGAGGAGCUGCUCAGGAACAGAAGGAGGUCAGUAG